AUACACAGCUGAGAGGAGCUGGGUAUAUCGAAGCAAAAAGAGUUCGAAAAUGAUUAUCGUAUAAGUGCUCGUCUACUCGGAGGCUUGGCUUUGGAUUUCUGAAACCCGAGGAAACUCGUCAGCGGUCAGCGGUGUUCCUACCCUGCGCUCCGGAUCGAAGAGCUGAAGCUCGGCUCCAUGAGCAAUCGAGACUGACCGACUCGGUCUGUCCGUGGUCGAGUUCGUCUCCAAAUGAACAACCCUUCCAUGAUGACGACCCCUGCCCUGCCGAUCAAAGUUUCGACGACAUUGGCUUCGGUCGUGACGGAAGCGAAAACAAGCUCGAGUCCCCUCAGUGUGACCCAGAGCAUAAUUCAGACAACCAAGAAAAUCACAGCGGCGAUCACGGAAGCCCAUGCCAAGCUCGAGAAGACGCCAAUUGAACCUGAGGACACCCCGAAGGCAGUCGUGAUCGAUUCACGGACUGGGCAGAUCUUCAGAUUGGAUCCGUCGCAACCUCUCUAUGAGGACGAUUCCCAUGUAUUCGUCUAUUUCAUCCUCGCGAUGUUGAUCUGCGCCGUCGGCUACAUAGCGUUUCACAACAAACGAAAGAUCCUCGCUCUCGUCAUUGAGGGUCGGCAAAACCAUGGCGAAGUUCGAAGGUCGGGCAAUGUUAAUUACAAGAGACUGAAUACAGAACCGCCAGGCGUCUCGGUUGCUUGAGUAGAUUAGCGAGAUGAACGAGAAUCCAGAAAUCAUUGUGGUAUUUUGCACUCGACCGUUGGGAGGUACAUAGGUCGUUGGCUUCGACGUUAUCGCCAUGCACCAACUUAAUCUACAAUAUGAUCUUGUCAUCACUAGAGUUUGAGUUUGAGGAAAGGUUCGAGUCUAUUAUACAUACAUGAGAACCCUCAUCCAGCCGUACUGUCGGCAUGGCAACCGUCAGAAGACGUGUCACGAGAGCUUUCGGAGUUUUCCGUAUCGACCGCUGGAUGAGCGAGCCAGUACCGUGUUUUUCAUCCCGAUGAAUAGUUUGAAUGAUUACAUCUUGAAAGUAAUUCAAAAAAGAUGCUGAUCAAUAAAAAGUCU